UUAUCUGAUGUUAGCGGUUUUUAGCGUAUUGUUUGGAUCCUUUGAUUUUUAUUGAGUUUUAUCAUUUUGAUUUUAACUUAUCUUUAUUGAUAAUAUAGUUUUUUGACGCUUCAAAUGUUCUUAAAUAUGGACUGUGGUUAUUUGGAUGGAUAUCGCUUUAAGAUACUUUUCAGCCAUCUUUACAAACUUGUUAUCAUCUGAUUGACCCAGCAACUUAACCCGCCUUUUUUAUGUUCACUGUCCAUCGAAUCUUAAUCUGUGAUUAUGUGUGUUUCUGGUAGAUAACGAGAUAACUUUUAGAGGAUCAAGUUCUAUUCCUUCUCCAGAUGAAGUCAUUGAAGAUAAAAUUCGAAGGAUGAGCCCAGAGCCCUGACUUCCAGGCUUGUUAGUCAUUAUCAAGUCAUUACCUUUAAUUACUCCAAUACACUGUUUGAUUCAACUUAUCUAGAAUGUAAAAGUUUUUUCUAGAUUCCAUCUCUGUGACAAACUUACCGAUUUAGUGAGUCAGAAUGAUGUUAUUGCCCUUAACUGCUCUGAUGCCCAAUCAUCUUCCUUAUCUGAUCUUCCUGAUGACUAAAACCGUUGAAUUUUCCUGCCCUCUACAAUGAACAAUACUGAAAUGUAAAAUGGUUCAUGGUCUUCUAAGCUUCCUAGAUAAUUGGAAAACUAGCAAAUUUAUUUGAUCGUAAAUCAUCAAUCAGAAGUCGCCAACAGUCAAUCAAUCCUAAUUCAAUGGAAAGUAAUUUUACCCUGCACAAAGACGCAACGAAAUUGAAUCGUCCAGCAUGAAUGAUGCAAAAAUAUUAGAUGUUGAUUGCAUUACAAGAAGAUGAAAUUAUUAUUGAAUAUGUAAACAGAGACUAAUUGGUAUUUGAUGGCAUUAACUACUCUCUAUUUACAGCAUCAACCUAACACUUAAACUUGAUAAUCAAUUAUAAUAAUCAGAAUACACAAGAGAUGUCGCUACGGAAACAAAGUUGACAAAAUUUUUCAACUUUCAAAUAAAAUUCAACAGCGAACCUCAACUAGACCAGCGACAACAUGGAGGACCAAGCAGGAAACGCUAACAUGGAUUCGAAAGAAGCGAAAUGGCUACGAAUUCAAUUGAACUUUUCACAGGCCUAGGAUAAUAUUAAUCGACAAAAGACACCUAACUUCGUACUUUACGAUUGAUUGUACCUUUUUUCAACCUGUCAGUAAUUAUUAUACAUGUAACACAUGGUCCUGACCACCAAGCUCUACAAUAAGUUUUCGCGUCCACUCUUCAUAUAAAUUGAUUUCCACUUGGAUUAUCGGUAUCCUCAUUCACUCAGAUUAUUAAUCAUAUAAAUAUUUCUUUCCUGUCUGUAAACUGAUUUUUAUCAUCAACAAGUAAGGAUGCUCAGACAUGUUCAAAAAAGCAAACUGAAUGGUGAAUCAAACUGUACUAGCUUAGAAGUUCAUCAAGGAUACAUCUGAGUAGCAUAAUCAGUGUUUCAUUAAUAACUCAUUACCAGCAAUUUUUUUAUUACUUCUCUUAAUGCCCAUAUUACAGUAAAGCUCGUUUGUUUGAGACAGUAAGAGUGAAUGAGUAGGGCACCAGAGCGAUUGAAAUGAGACAAUUAAUUUUUGUUUUCUCAAAAACCAUAAAACUCUUUGUUUACUGAAAAUAUUUUGAGACAUUGAGAGCUAAUGAAGAAAACAUUUGAUCAAAUGAAUGAGACACCUAGAGUUAGUUCCUUACUGAAUCCAUAUCUUCAUAUUUUGUUCAUUUUUAAAAAAUUUGAAAUGUUGAAAAUCAAUUUCAAUGAGUUUUAAGUGCCUCAUUCAAUCGCUCUUCCUGUCUCAAACAAACGAGCACUACUGUAAUAAUGAUCAACACUUGUUGCUUCAUUUAUAACUCAAUAUCUUAUCUUGAUAAAAUUUUCUUCGUUUCUUUUUUAUAUUAAUUUCUUCUAUUCUUUUCUAACCUAAACUAUCUAAUCGUAAAUCUUUCAUUAACAUUUUGCCAUAUUAGUCGUCGUUUACUUUGUGCUAACUUAAAAGAGACAACUUAUUUAGUGAAAAAUGAUCUCAUUGUUCCUCUGCUAAUUGCGUAAAUUUAUCAGAAUUUCAAUUUUUCUCAUCUCGUGUUUUGAAUUUGAACUUUUUACAAUUUAUCUCCUGAGUCAACUAUUUUAAUGACCAUCUUCAUCUUACUCUGUUUAUGUGACUUUGAAUGAGCCUUGAAUAGCUCAAGCAAGUGAUCGAAAUGGCGAGAAAUGUGUUUUCAUUUGGAGGAAACAAUCAAAUUGAAUGAAAAUGAUUACGAGUCAGCAAACGAUUAAAAUAUUUUGCAAACAACUCAAUCAGUUUUCCUAUUGGCAAACAUCAAUUCAUCAAGUUACUUCAAAAACAAAAUAAAUCAUGUUUCCCCUGAAAAACGUGGUAAACGAACAACAAUAAUAUAGAUUUUGUUGGCUAGAAAAUGCUUCAAAAUCAACCCAAAAUUGUUACUAUUAAAUGUUAUAAACAUGAACGCCACAAGAAGUGUUUCAAUUCAAUAGUGAAUUAUUUACUUUUAUUGUUGCUCAUUUUAAUGGCUCUCAUUGAUCAAGUUAAUGGUAAAUUAAAUUGUAUGGUGUGUGGAGGACAUCUAGAUUCGUGUACAUUGAUUGAUAGAUGUACAGGCAAUUGUAGUGAUAUAACAUCAAUUAAUUAUCCAUCUCAUUAUCCAAAUAAUUAUCGUUGUCGUUGGGAAAUACGAGCUGAUGAAGGUUAUUACAUUAAUUUAACAAUCAAUGAUUUUGAUGUUCCGGGUUCAGAGACACCAGGUGAAGGUGACAAAGAGAGUUGUCUCUUUGACCACGUUUCUUUUUUCGAUUCUCGCUUUAAUCGAUUAAUUGGACGUUAUUGUAAUUCAUUAUUGCCUGGACGGUAUCUGGUUUCACCUUGGAAUAGAUUAAGGAUCGAUUUCAAUACUGAUAUCAAAGGAGCUGGAAGAGGAUUCAAUUUUACUAUAAACAUUGAGAAGUUUACUAUUGACACCGAACUUGUGCCUUUCCUAUCAGCUCCACCUUUAGCUUGUCCAGUUGAUUGGCAGUUUUAUAAGGGUCACUGUUAUCGAGCCUACAAGGAAUAUGAAUCCCUUCAAUGGUACAAAGCGGAAGAAAAGUGCUCCGAUGUUGGUAAAGGUCGAGAUGGACAUUUGGUGUCUAUAUUGGAUGCAAAAGAGAUGAGAGUUGUUCAUCAUUUUUUAACUUCUGUUUGGCAUGCUGAGCCUCAUCAAUCAUUUUACAUUGGACUCAUAGAUGUUUCCAAAGAAGGUGUCUACCGUUGGUCCGACAACAAUCCAAUGUCUUACACAGACUGGGCCAAGGGAAGUGGAUUUCAAGGUGUAGGUGAUGUUACAACCGCCCCUCAACCAGAUGGUGGUGCAUAUGAAGAUUGUACAAUAUUGAAAUUUGCUUCAAUCCAUUCAACUGAUGGUUGGCAUGAUGUACCCUGUUCAUUGGGGAAAAAUUCAUUUCCAAAUUUACCGUCAAAAUUGUUUGAAGAUGUAGUUGAUAGUUACAUUUGUAAAAUGGAUGCUUCUGCAGCUUCUUUCAAUGUCCCGCCAACACGAGAGGCUUUAUAUGAUGACGUAAUUGUACCCAAGGAAAAGAUCAUCAGAGAUUUAGCUGUCAAAGAAAAGUACUUUGUUUGUGCCAAUUUGGAGGUAAUUUCAAUUCUUCAACUAUGUGAUGGGUCAGCAACGUGUCGUGACGGGACAGACGAAUUGGAUGAGUGUCCAUCAUCUGUUGGAUCUAAUCAAAAAUGUCUUCCUUUUCAAUUUAGAUGCAAUAACCGUAGAUGUAUCUCUAUAGCGUUAACCUGUGAUUUUGUCGAUGAUUGUGGUGAUGGAUCGGAUGAGAAAAAUUGUUACAUCCGAGCCUGUAAACCAAGUGAAUUUAAAUGUGCUUCUGGUCAAUGUAUUCCAAUAUCUCAACGAUGUGAUUUGUUAUUUGAUUGUAAAGAUGGUUCAGACGAGAACCCAUCCAUGUGCACAUCAAGUGGUUACUGUCCUUCGACCACUUUCCAAUGUUAUUAUGGUACUUGUAUUCCUCUCUAUGCUGUUUGUGAUCAUCACCGCGAUUGUCCUGGAAAAUUUCACGAAGAUGAACAAGAAUCAUCUUGUUAUAUGAUGUUCAAUCGCUCUUCAGUCAUUUCUUCAUUAACGUCUUCACCACCAUUAUCACCUUAUCACCACUUUUUUCAUUCAUCGUCCAGAGGAUUGACUUGUGCCUCUGGUCAACAAAUUGACCAAAAAUUUAAGUGUAUAUAUGAAUUUGAUCAAUUUGGUUAUCAAGUUGGCUGUCGAGAUGUGACACAUCUCAGAGAUUGUGAAAAGUUUGAGUGUUCUAUCGAUUAUAUUAAAUGUCCAAACUCUUAUUGUAUCCCACCACGGUACAUUUGUGAUGGUAAAAGAGACUGUGUUGGCGGUGAAGAUGAAACUCGAUGUGGUAGUUUUGUUUGUCCUGGUCAAUACAAAUGCAUCAAUCACCCAUCUUGUAUUUUACUUCAUCAACUCUGUGAUGGCAUUCGUCACUGUCCUGGUGGUGAUGAUGAAUGGUUUUGUAAUUUAACUUGUCCAGCAUCAUGUUCAUGUAUUGGUUUAUACGCAAACUGUACUUGGUCCAACCUGACCAGUUUACCAAGAAAUUUAACACUUGAUAUUCGAAAGCUUGAUCUUACUGGGAAUCUUCUAGGUCCUGCUAUGGAUUCUUUUGAAAUUGAUUUUAGUCCUUAUUAUCAUCUUGUUGAAUUGAUUCUUCAAUCCAAUGGCAUCAAAAUAUUGCGUCGUCGCCAGUUUGUUGACUUGAAAGACUUACUCGUUCUCGACCUAAGAUACAACAGAAUCGUGGUUAUUGAAUCAGCUGCUUUUGCCGGUCUAGUCAGAGUCAAUUCACUUCUUUUGGAGGGAAAUACUAAUUUAUCAGAGAUUGAACCAAGAGCUUUCAUUGGUUUAUCCGAGCUGAAAAUACUCAAUAUAAGUGGUUCUCAUGUUCGCACUCUUCACGCUAAUGUUUUCAUGGGACUUACCAAUCUACAGAAUCUGGAAUUUCGUGCCAAUCGUUUGGAAGUUGUUGAAUCAGGAUGUUUCACUGGUUUAACAUCAGUCACCAUUCUUGAUCUUCAAGGAAAUGAUAUUAAAGUUUUUAAAAAAGACAUGUUCAAUGGCUUGGAAUCAUUGCGUUAUCUCUACACCAAUUCAUUUAAAUUUUGUUGUCUUGUCGCCGAUAAGCCAUUUAACAUCCCUUUUGAACGUUGUCUACCUUUGCCAGAUGAAAUCUCUGAUUGUGAAGAUUUGAUGUCAUCUCCUAUUCAACGUUAUUUCUUGUGGAUCCUAGGUUCAGUCGCUCUCAUUUGCAAUCUUUCAGUUAUUGUUUGGCGAUUUCGUUCUCGCUUAGGUUCAAAUAAAGUUUCGUCUUCUUUGAUACUUUCACUUGGUUGUGCUGAUGUUCUUAUGGGUCUUUACAUGUUAAUCAUUGCGUCAGUCGAUGUAUACUACAGAGGCCGUUAUAUUGAAGUGUCUGAUGUUUGGAGGACAAGUUAUUUAUGUAAAUUUUGCGGAUUUUUAUCGACAGUUUCCAGUGAAGCUUCUGUAUUCACUCUCGUUUUCAUCGCAAUCGAUCGACUCAUUUGUAUAUGUUUUCCUUUUUCAAAGUACCGACUCACUUUAAGGUUUACUUAUAAAUUAAUUUUCAGUUCAUGGACUCUAGCACUUGCCAUUAGUACUUUACCUCUUCUAGUGAAUCGUUAUUUUCAAGAUCAAUUUUAUGCACGAUCUGGUGUUUGUCUGGCUCUUCACAUUACCAAUCAAAAGGCUGCUGGUUGGGAAUAUUCAUUUGCUGUAUUUGUCAUUCUCAAUUUACUGGCAUUCAUCUUGAUUUUAUCCUGUUAUAUAUAUAUGUACAAAAUCAUUUUGGAAUCAUCAAGACGUUUAAGUCAAGUUAAAUCUCGUCAAGUUCGUGAACGCCAAGUUGGCCGGCAAAUGGCACUAAUUGUUGGAUCUAAUUUUCUUUGCUGGUUUCCAAUAAUCGUAAUGGGAUUGUUAGCUAUCAACGGUUAUCGUUUACCAGCAACAGUAUAUUCAUGGACAGCCGUUUUCAUUCUUCCCCUAAAUUCAGCAACAAACCCAUUGGUUUAUACAUUGGCUUACUUUCGACCUGCUUUGUUUGGUAAUCAACGACGUGAUUCAUUGACCAAUCGGUUGCUUACCUCUAAAAAUACUAACUCAAUCAAUCAGCAAAAAGUCAUAAGACCACUAAAGUCGCCUUACGGUUAUAUGAGUUUAACAAAUUUCUUAAGAGAAAUGAAUAACACCGAAGCUCGUUUCCUUCUUGAAAUUAGUUGUUCUCUUUCUGAACAAAUUAAGGAAAUUCAUGAAAAAGGUUAUGCCCUUGGUGGAAUCGAUCUCGAUAUUAUCUUUGUUUCAUCAACUGUUGAUUCAAAAUAUUUGCGGGUUUAUCUUCCUGAAUACAAUGCUUAUAAAGUGACAAGUACAUCGGAAACUGAUGAUUAUGCUCUUGAUAUCGAAGAGUUUGGACUUUUGGUUAAAAGAAUGUUGAGAAUUUACCAUUUCAGACGGAAUCUUUCUUUUACUGGAAAUAAUUCUUAAUCCAAUCAAUUCAAUAUUUUUUAAUAUAAUUUGUUUAUUAACUAGUUAAUUCAACAUUCAUAACAUUUCUUGUAAAUAAUUUCUCUCUAUCUUUGACCAUUUGCAAAUUAUAUUUGCUUCACCCAUUUUAACUUCAACAUGUUGAAUUAACCGGUGCAUUACAACUCCUAAGACCAUUAAGAUAAGGUUUCAUUCGUUCACCGACUCGACCGUGUGCACCAACCAUACAAAAAACAGCAGCUUUCCCUACAGCACUCCAAUUAUCUUCCAAAGAUAAGGAAAAACUAAAAGAAAAAAGCCAAAUAAAUAUAUAAAAAUAAGUUAUUAA